GUGGGAGUAGAUCGCAUUUGUCCACAUGCGAUGAGCCGACGGUUUGUGCUGCCCACUGCCUCGUACGGAGUGUUGCUCUGGCAGCAAUCAAAAGGUAAGUUGGCGGGCAGACACCGACGUGGGCCCUUGCAAACGGGCUGUCCAUUGUGGUUAAUCUAGCGACGAGCCGGCGCCAGUAGCUGGUUGAGAACGUAUCAGCUUGCACGGGCCUACCCUGAGCCAAUUUGCACCCAGUGUCGUCCCGAGAAUGUAGCAUGUGUUUCGAAGUAAUGGCAGCCAACUGCUUAUCUCCAAACCUUCGUCUGUCCAGUUUUGCUUCGCUCUGUAUAUCUCUGUCUUCCAUAUCUCACGUGACCGAGAUUUCUCGGGACUUUCUUCGAUUGCCCCACUAAUGCGGUCAUAGUCGAUUUUCUGAGCGAACACCUUCUGUACACCACCACCCACCGCGACAACGACUCACGAGUGCCUCGGCGGCCGAAUACGCGAGAUCGCGAUCAGAAAUAGCCCAUCAUGGCGACGACGCUGGACAAAAUCAAGGCCAUCGAAGAUGAGAUGGCCAAGACGCAGAAGAACAAGGCCACAUCUUUCCACUUGGGACAAUUGAAAGCCAAGCUCGCGAAGCUGAAGAAAGAACUGCUCACGCCGAGCAGCAGUGGAGGAGGUGGUGGUGUGGGUUUCGAUGUGGCACGUACAGGAGUGGCAUCGGUUGGGUUCAUAGGCUUUCCAUCUGUGGGAAAGUCGACGUUGAUGUCCAGACUGACGGGACAACACUCUGAAGCUGCUGCAUAUGAGUUCACAACACUCACAACUGUUCCGGGACAGGUCAUAUACAACGGUGCGAAGAUUCAAAUCCUGGAUUUGCCGGGUAUUAUUCAAGGAGCCAAGGACGGAAAGGGUAGAGGUCGGCAGGUCAUUGCAGUCGCGAAGACUUGUCAUUUGAUCUUCAUUGUCCUCGAUGUCAACAAGCCACUUACGGACAAACGUGUUAUCGAGAGCGAACUGGAGGGAUUUGGCAUUCGCAUCAACAAGCAGCCACCGAAUAUCAAGAUCACGAAGAAAGAGAAGGGUGGAAUAUCAAUCACCACAACACAAACUUUGAACCACAUUACCAACGAGGAAGUCAAAGCUGUGCUCAACGAGUACAGAAUGGCCAACUGCGAUGUUGCAAUCCGUUGCGACGCCACUGUGGACGAUUUGAUUGAUGUGAUCGAGGCGAAGAGCCGAGCAUAUAUUCCAGUCAUCUAUGCAUUGAACAAGAUUGACGCGAUUUCCAUCGAGGAACUCGAUCUGCUGUACAGGAUACCAAACGCUUGUCCAAUUUCUUCGGAACACGGCUGGAACAUUGACGAGCUACUGGAGCAAAUGUGGGAGAAACUGAACCUCCGCAGAGUAUACACGAAACCGAAGGGCAAGCUGCCAGACUACACUGCACCUGUCGUGCUGCGUAGCACAGCAUGCACGGUGGAAGACUUUUGUAACGCCAUCCACAAGACGAUCGUGGACCAGUUCCGGAUAGCAAUUGUUUAUGGCCGCAGUGUGAAGCACCAACCGCAACGAGUGGGCCUCAGCCACGAACUCGCAGACGAGGACAUUAUCACGAUCAUCAAGAAAUAAUUCGACGGUUUUCGCUUUACGCGCAAGGAAGACUGCCAUGUCUGCUCUGCAAGCAGCGGUGUGGCGACGAGCCUCAAGCGAUCCGGCUUGGCAUGUCACG